CCCGAGGGGCGGCGGUUCCCAUGGUUACCCGCGCCGCGCGUUACGUCACCGCCGCGGGCGGGGCGCCGGGGCGCGGGCCGGGGUCACUGAGGGGAAUGGCGGGCACGGCGGCGACCUCGGGGGGCGGCUUCUUGCCUGGAGGAGCUGCCCGGGAGCCCGCCCCGACGCCCGCUUUUCGCGGGAGGGGUGCCCGCCUUCUCGUGGGGGAAGCGGGGCGGCCGGACACUGGACGGGUGUUGCUCCCCGUGUGCCCGGGGACGCGGGGGCAGCGGCGGAGACGGUCCGCCGGGCGGGCGGUGGGCAGGACUGCGGCGUGCUUCGGUGCGGGAAGGCUCCCGGCCGCUCCCCUGCACACCCCGGCGCCUGCCCUCACCGAGCGCCCGCGCUCCCGGCUCGGUCCUCCUUCCUGUCGGUGCCGGCGGCGUCGGGAGGCUCUCGGGCUGCCCUCCCGUUCAGCGAGUGUGGAAACUCGGAAAACGGGAGUGCAAGGCCCUUGACCUCCCGGAGUAACGGUCAUUGAGGAGGAAGAACAGCCAAGCCAAACAUAAGUCGAGGUCACGGGUGUUGUGCCCGAGCUCCGUAGAGUUGUGCUAUGCCCUGCGGGCUCGUCGCACCCUCGGUCGGCGUCCAUCCCGCUUCCUCGGCUUUCCUCGGUGCCGUUUGGAUCUUUCCCACCUUGUAUUGCCCGGUGUUUGCUGCCCCGCGCGGACUCUCUCUCCCUCUCUCUCUCUCUCUCUCCCCCUCCCGCCUCCGAGCCGUUAGGAUAUCCGAUCCCGCUACCGUGCAGCUUGGCUAGUCCUUCAGUCUUCAGCAGUUAUCAGCAUUUCAGCGUGUGUUAGGUGAAACCUAUUUAGUUAUUUAGAUGUUUUUAAUGCACGUGGGUCUUACGUCCUUUUUUCCCAACUGUUUUUACAAACUCAAGCACCAUUGAAUUCCUUAGGGCUGUACAUCAAAAUACGGAUUUUCCAGGUAAACCCAUACUGACCCAGACAGUAUCCCAGGAAUCACUUUCUAACAAAGUUCCCACAUGAUUAAUCAGCUGGGAACUCAGACUUUCUUGGAAACCAUUACUGUACAACUUCUAGCCUUAGCUUGGCUUGUGUUCACAUUCUUAAUAAAGUACAUGUCCAUGCAACAGUGGGCACUCAGCUGGUGAAAUGUGUAGUAGAAGGCCCCGCAAGAUUGAUAGUUGCAUCCUGCUCUUGUACUCUAGGCUUCACAUCUAAAUUCCUGUUACUCAGUUUUUCGGUGCAGAAACCAGACAUUCCCAUGUGCUAAGACUCAAGGAACUGGUAUUUAAUAACGAGACUCACAGUCCACAGUCCAUCCUAGAAAUGAACAACAUGUUAAUCUCCACAAACGGUAUUUGUCAGGUCAUUCUGCUCAGAAGCUUUCCUUGGCUCCCCAGUGCCUAAAAGAUAAACUCUGAAUUCAGGAUCUUGGCACUUGAGGCUUUCUAUGAAGAGCCCUUGAAACUAAAUAAGACCGUUCACAAAGCAGAAGUGGGUUUCCUGGUAAUACAUUUCAUCCAAAAAUGACAACAGAAUCAAAGAAAGCUACAGCUCAGAACCUUCAGGAGAAUGAAGGACUUCUGAUAGUGAAGAUAGAAGAGGAAGAUUUUGUCUGGAGGCAGGACACUUGCCUCCAGAGAAGCGAUCCCCUCAGGCAGGAGCUCUGCCGGCAGCUUUUCAGGCAGUUCUGCUACCAGGAUUCCCCUGGACCUCGAGAGGCGCUGAGCCGGCUCCGGGAGCUCUGCCGUCAGUGGCUACAGCCCGAGACCCACACCAAGGAGCAGAUCCUGGAGCUGCUGGUGCUGGAGCAGUUCCUGACCAUCCUGCCCGAGGAGCUGCAGGCCUGGGUACAGGAACAUGACCCAGAGAGUGGAGAGGAGGUGGUUACCAUACUGGAAGAUUUGGAGAGAGGCACUGAUGAUGCAGUAGUCCAGGUUCCAGUCCAUGCACAUGGACAAGAGAUAUUCAGGAGAAAGAUGGUACCUCCUGGACCAGCACUUAGUGUCCAGUUGCAGCCAGUGGACCCCAAGACCCUUCAUGGUUCUUCAGCACCCCUUCUGCUGGACGGUGGUAAUGAGAGUGAAAACAAUGGAUCCAUGCCAAAGUUGGACAUUUAUGAAGAAAUGGAAUCACAGAGGAUUCUAUCAAGAAGAAUUUCAGGAUUCAUGUCAGAAAGAUCUGCUGAACCUCAAGACAUCUGUAAGUCUGCAGGCAGGUUAAAGAGGCAAUGGGAAAAAGAAUCAGGAGGGUCUCAGAGACCAUCAUCUGCUCAGGAUGGAGGUUUUAGUAAAAUCCUUACCCACAAAAAUACACUGACAGAUGACAUUAGCCAUGAUGGUUGUGAGAGAAGCCUAAACCUGAAUUCAAGUGAAUUGACACACCAGAAAUCUUGUAAACACAGUACCUAUGACCAAAGUUUCAAAUGGAAUCCAGAUUUUAUUAAGCAUCAAAGAAUUUAUGCCAGAGAGAAAAUUCACCAAUAUGGAACAUCUCUCAAGAGCCCAAAUCUUAUUAAACAUGCAGCAAUUUUUAGUGGGGAGAAAACCCACCAGUGUAAUGAGUGUGGGAAAGCUUUCAGACACAGCUCAAAGCUUAUCAGGCAUCAGAGAAUCCACACUGGAGAGAGGCCCUAUGAAUGUAAUGAAUGUGGGAAAGGCUUUGGGGGGAGCUCAGAUCUUAUUAGACAUCAGAGAAUUCACACUGGGGAAAGACCCUUUGAAUGCAAAGAAUGUGGGAGAGCAUUCAGCCUGAACUCACAUCUUAUCCUGCAUCAGAGAAUUCACACCAGAGAGAAACCCUAUGAAUGUAGUGAAUGUGGGAAAACCUUCAGAGUGAGCUCACACCUCAUUCGACACCUGAGAAUCCACACUGGAGAGAAACCCUAUGAAUGCAGUGAGUGUGGGAGAGCCUUCAGUCAGAGUUCACACCUUCGUCAACACCAAAGAAUUCACAAGAGGGAAAACCUGUUAAUGUAAAGAAGUUAAAUUUUUAUGGAAAUGCGAAAGAAAUAGCAACAUGAAAAAUACUGAAUAAAAAAUAUGGAGUGAGAUGAAUGACUGAAAGGCCAAUGUCUCUUUUCUCUCAUUCUCUGGCUUACUGUUCUGCUUAUGGUCUUCACCUAUGAGGGAGAGGGGAUGCUUUCUGUGAGACAGGAGUUUCCUCUUCUAUUGACUGCUGAAGUCAAGCCAGAAGAGCAGAAUUUGGAGGAUAGUCUAUGGCAGUGGAGAUAGAGGGGAAAAAGGACUGUCUUGGGAAGUAACCAUGAUUACAGUGUGGCGGGGAGAAGAUUCAGUAAAGAAGCUGAUCAUCAACACUAGUUAAUGAUUCUCCUCAAGAGAAAGUAGGCUAAGCCCUGAAGUGGAAUAGUUUGAGCAAAACCCACCAGCGCUUUCAGAACAUUACUUUAAAAUGAAGGCACAACAAAACUAAAUUAGAAAUUCAUGUCAAACAAGAGGACCUGCACACAGUGGCAUUCCGAUAUGUAGACCAAAGUCUAUGUCCAGAGGUCAUGCCAGGAUGUAAACCAGGAGAGCAUCCAAGGCAAGAGGCCAGAAUCCAGAGAGAUUGAAACAAGACAGGAGAGGAGAAGUAAAUUAGGCAGGAGUUGGGGUUAGAGGUAAGGGAAGGUAGUCACAUUGAGUUCAACCUCGAAUAUGGAGGAGACAGACGGUAACAUAACUUCGAUCUUACUGCCACAUAUGCCUGGGUUUUGGCACCUCCGUGGGGUGAGUGGACAAAGACUGCAGUUCUGGGGAGCUCUCUGGACAGAAACAGGGUUCUCUGGCUACUGACAAUUGUGGAAGAGGGCUGAGGGAAUUAGCACUAAAGGUAAAGGUCCUGAAACUGUUUCAUUACUGCUGGCUGCUCUUCUUUCCAGAAAAGACAGUGUUCAGAGGGUUGGUAUCCAAGAGAAGAAUGGAGAGAGGAAUCCAACAAGUAGGAACUCCACCAGUGAUUUCAGGAUAUAAAGGCAAAUCCUGCUCUACUGUUUUCCUUUUGAUAAGGCACGUUUUCCCUAAUGUGAAAAUAAAAGCAGCUAUAUAAGGCUUAAAAUCCCAUUGUAUAUAUAAUGUCUUUAUCUGAAAACUAGCAAACAACCCCCAGUGUGGAAUUAUGACAAUCUAAUGUACAAAAUCUUCUACCAAUAGGCUUUAUUUAAAAAUGUCUUAGCAUUUGUUUUUCAAUCCUUGAACUAAAAAUGUCCUGAU